GAGGUGUGAGUAGGUUUUGGGCCCAGCGAAUUAGACUUUAGUCCAUGUUCAAAUUACAAUUGUCGCAGGGAGGCAAAUUCCCCACACACGUGCCCCUUUCUCCUCUGUACCCCGGGCUCACUGGGAAAGACAAGAAAUUCCGGGAAUACAUAUCAACUGAGUCAGUAUAAGCUCGUGAACACGAAAUUUCGACUUCCUUCCACCCAGUUCAGUACCAUUUUUUCUCUCCUGGUAACAAUGUGCCUCGGACCUCCUUGGUCGAUCCUCAGGUCCCGCCGUCGUCCCGGAUGACCUAGGGAUAAAGGGGUAUUGACAACAGUUCCCCCCUUACAUGUCUAUUUAAAUUCAUGGAGACCGCUGGCCACCUCAGCUAUCACCGCAAUGACUUCCAACAUCCCUCUUUCGUUGGAGACUAUCUUGCGUCUAGGGACUAUUGCGAUUUGUAUCUACGAUUACGUCCGCACUCUUCCCGCAGAAUACAAGUUCUGGCGAGAUAAAGGGCCUCAGAUUCGACUCAAUCUCGUCCUUUUUGUCCUCAUUCGCUAUAUCAGUAUCAUAACAUUGAUUGUCAGCAAUGUCGGGUACUUUUCGCACUCGUUUAGCAAAAAAGCUUGCAAGAAUUUCUACAUGGUUUCCGUCGUCAUGAAAGGUCAGGACCACCAUUCCUGCAGACCUACAAUAUGCCAGUUUAUCCUUGGGAUUCGAUCGUACAGCAUUUCUCGACGUUCUCAUCGCAUCAAAAUAUUCCUCGUCGUCUUUACUGUGCUUAUUACGGUAUUGGAAUGGUUUACGAACCUGUACGGUCGUAUCAUGAUCCAGACUAACGGAAACUGCACUUCCGGCAAUGAUCCUUCAAAGUUGGUCAACUGGACGUUCUACAUUUGGGCUAUGUUAUACGACAUAGCAACUCUAGGGAUAUCCACCUACUACCUUUUUAAGGCCAGUGCGAACGGACUAUCCUCAAUGACCGGUCUCGUGAAGGCCAUGAUUGUCGAUGGAUUGGGAUACAUCUUGGUACUCACAGUGUCGAAUACGUUGAACCUUGUCCUUUAUCGAGCUUCCAAGCUCGACGCUCAAGCUGCUGCUGCAAGCCUCGGAUUUGCAUUCACCUGGAUCAUGUCUCAAAAUAUUCUUAUCAAAACCCGAGAUGCGGGUAUGCGCUCCAUGAAAUCCAGGAACCCCUCUAGCGGACGUAACAACGCGUUCUCUACUAGCCGAUCGGAUGAUCAGACAGCUGGAGGUCCGGUGACGACCAAGGGUGGUAUAGAGCUCGAGGUCCAGGUCCGGAUCGAUCGCGAGCAUGAUAGUGGCGAUGGGGGCAGAAUUCGAUGGGACGAUGCGAGGUCGGAUUGGGAGAAUCAGAAGGUGGGCGUUCUGGCGAAGUAACAAGUAUUUCUUCUUUUAAUGGGAUCGAGAGGUGUGUACGUGUAAUCUUCUGGGUAAUGAACGGUAUUUAUUAUUAAAGGGUACGGGGGAUAUUUAUCCGCGAUAACGUUGUCGGAAAAACCUUUCGUUGAACCCAGAAACGUUUUCCUUUUUACUCCUUUUUCACCAUUAUAUAUUCCGCGUUGAUAU